UACAUACAUGACAUAAAAUACACACAUCAAUAUAAAUGCAAAAUGCAAGCAGAAAGAAAAAAUAUUAUUAAAUUAUUGUGAGGUGUAGGCCAAUAUCAUUGGUCAGGCCUAGCCUAGAUAUAUGUGGAUUGACAGUACAGGAGGGCAUACUCUGACCAAUAUAAUAUUAUUGUAUGUGAAACUCACAUAAUAUUGGUCUAAAUUGGGUGCCAUUUUAUUGAUUAGGGGAUGAUGUAGCCUAAUAAUUGCUGUGAUGAGUUAUGCACAUAGAAUUAGAAUGUUCAAGGGAUUCUAAUUCUAAGGGGAUGCGUUUUAAUUGACUAUCAUGUUCAAAACCCAGUAUCCUGCAUCAUAAUAAAAUGAUGUCAUAAUUGCAUUCAAUUCUCAUCAUAGGUUCUAACCUUUGUGUUGGAGUGCAAACAGAUUAGGCUACUCAUAAAGAAAGGACUUGAAGCAUACUGAUGAUCCUAAAUUAACUGUGAAAUGUGUGAAUUAUUCGCCAUUUCAUCUCUUGAAUAAUUGUCCACAUUCAAGACAGUCAUCAUGGACUGUUUCUGUUUUCCUGCUCCAAUGAGAGUACAAUACCUUACUAGGCAGCCCACCGAGUCUCAGAAAGUGGGUCUCUUCAGAGAGAAGGUGACUCUGAUGUGGGAGGCUAUCAAAGUCCUGAAGAGUGACCAGGAAGCCAUGAUGGCUCAGCUCAAAAAGAGCCAGAAGAAACAGCAGAAGGAUGAGGAGCUGUUGCAUAAAAGCCAAUGGAAGCAGGGGAAGGACAACCAGCAACUCUGUUUGGUCAUCAGAAGGCUGGAGAAUAAGGUAGAUGUGGUGACCAAGGAGCUCUGGGCAGAGCUGAAGAGACUGGGAGAGCUGAUUGAGGAGAACAAGAAUGGUGCGGGCGACUCCUCAGCCUCCUUGAAACCUUGUUGGGAAUUCCCCAUUCCAGUGCCUCCCACUGGCCAGCCUAGGCCUACGUCAGGACGGCAUCAGUACUACGCCCAAUACCCAUGUGUCCCACACGUCAGAUCUGCAACCAACCAGAGUGUGUCUCAGACAGGCAGCUCACGUGUCCUCCCAGCUGGCCAGAGACUCCACAGACGCUCUCCUGUCCUACCCCCACUGGUUGAUCCUCCCAUGCCUAUAACACAUUGGUUUCCUGAUCUCUCUCCUCCCAAACGCCCUCUGCCGUUGCCACCUGCUAUUCUUGAGGAGCUAUACACAGACACAUCCUCAGACCCAGCCUUUAGACAGGAAAAGGUCAUUGAGGAGAUGAUGAAGAUACUAGAAGAGGAGAGGGAGAAGGAUAGGGUGGAUAUACUUGCGGUGGUGGAAAAAGAGAUGGAGAAAAAAUUGAAGAAAUUGCAGAGGGAGUCUCCAGCACAUAGAAUCCAGAAAACGGAGCAGGAAAUGGUAGAGAUGAUGAAGGCAAUAGAAAAAGAGAGGGAGUUGGAUAGGAUUGAGAUACUUGAAAUGGUGGGAAAAGAGAUGGACAGAAAAUGGAAGAAGAUGCAGAAUGUAGGUCAGAAAGAGAAGGUAGAGAAGCAAUUGACAGAGAAGGAACAGUGUAUAGGGGAUCAGGAAAAGAGGGAAGAACAGGAGGUGAACAACCUGAUAGAACAGUUGAUAGAAAGCCGGAAAUGUCUAGAUGAAAUGAAAAAUGAAAAGGCUAAAGGGGACUUAAAAUUGGCAGAGACAAACAAAGGAAAAGGUAGGCUGAAGAUCCUGGAGAAGUUGAGGAAGGAAAAAGAUAAGGAGGAGAAAUGUAAAUUGGAAGAAGAGAAAAAGAAAGAAAAAGAGAGGAUGAAGAUCCUGGAGAAGUUGAGGAAGGAAAAAGACAAGGAGGAGAAAUGUAAAUUGGAAGAAGAGAAAAAGAAAGAAAAAAGAGAGGAUGAAGAUCCUGGAGAAGUUGAGGAAGGAAAAAGACAAGGAGGAGAAAUGUAAAUUGGAAGAAGAGAAAAAGAAAGAAAAAGAGAGGAUGAAGAUCCUGGAGAAGUUGAGGAAGGAAAAAGACAAGGAGGAGAAAUGUAAAUUGGAAGAAGAGAAAAAGAGAGAAAAAGAGAGGAUGAAGAUCCUGGAGAAGUUGAGGAAGGAAAAAGACAAGGAGGAGAAAUGUAAAUUGGAAGAAGAGAAAAAGAAAGAAAAAGAGAGGCUGAAGAUCCUCGCGAAUGAGAUUAAGGCACAAGAACAGGAAGAUAAUCUUAGGUUUGAGGAAGAAAAGGAGAGAAUAAAGAACCUGGAGAAGGAGAGGAAGGAAAAAGAAAAGGAGGAGAAACUUAAACUUGAGAAAGAGAAAAAGAAAAAGAAAGAACAGGAGAGGAUAAAUAACCUGGAGAAAAAGAAAGCAAAAGUUGAGAAAAAGGUACAAAAGCAGGAAGAGAAAAAUAGAGAGCUUAAACUAAAGCUGAAGG